AUGGCGUCCCUCGAGCCGCCCCGGACAGAAGAGUCUCUCUCGGGCCUAUGGGCGAGCUCGAGCACAGCAGGAGCGGCGAGUGAAACUGAAUCAGACAGUGGAGAGGCUUCUGAUGCUGCCAGCGCACGGCCAACACAUGCAAGAGACCAUGGCAGGGCUUCGGCUUCCCUCGAGCUUGCGUCUGGGCCAGCAGCGCACGGGGAGCGACAAACACAUUCCCACGGACUACGCCCAACGAUCGGCCGUGCAAAGAAUGAGAAUGAGAAUGCAGGAGAUGGAGCACCGUCGAGUCUCCACGGGUCCACGAAUGGCUUCGGUCUCCAAGAGCGGACAGGGAGCAGCGUGCUCACGGCGCCCUCGGCGGGUAGCGUGCCUUAUCGAUCGAUAUCACCGCCCACUUCAUCUGGACGUGCGAUGGAUGGCCAGCCCAGCGAGGAGGGCACAGCACGGCGGUGGUCGGUCCCUGGGAACUCUCACUCGCUCCUCACCCUUGCGUCUUCUGCUCCUCCUACCUCUGCUGUCGAUUGCUCCAUUACAUAUGCCUCUCUUCCUCCCUCCCACCUUCAUCCUCCCCCUACCUCUCGCACAGGCCAACCUCCCUUCUCCCUUCCCUCCUCCUCUCCCUCCUCUCAACCCACCUCGUCCUACCAGUCUGGCCUAGGCACUCUCGCCGAGGCAGGCAGUCAAGUCGACAUGCUAAUUUUUCCUGGAUCAAGAGAUGUGAUCGAUAGAAGCGCUGCGGUCGGGGUCGAGCGAGACUCGCCGAUACUGUACGACUCCGAGGCGGACAUGUACGGCGCCUCGCGCGGUAGGACACGCGACCGCGACCGCAGCCGUUCGCGCAGGUUAGAACGCUCCCUCUCGCCCGAUACGAUCGCGAUGCGAAGUAUGAUGAUGCGCUACAGGCUUGACCCGUUCACGGAAUGUGGGGGAGAGAUGGGCCGCAGGACGUCUAAGAACUCUAAGCUCAUCAGCGCCUUCCCCGCUGUGCGAGACGGUCCUCCCUCGAUGACCGAGUUCCAGGUGGACAUCCCUGGCUCCGUCCCUGGCACGACCGAUUUGGAGAAACAUUCUGUGAGUCAGUCCGCCAGCGGACACGUGCUAUCCUGCGGUCUGGUUGAGCAAGGUAUCGAACCCGUCCGAGGCCACGGCCACGUCACGCAUACAUCUACCUUGUUGAAGGACCCCCCCGCUGUCAGCUCGGUCCACGCCCACGCCCAUCCCCUCCAAUCAGCACCCAUCCCCUGGUCUUCCCCCUUUGAUCACCCAGGGACCGAGGCGCAUCUGCAUCUUGGCCCAGGAAGGCAGCAGGCCGAAAUCGGCUAUCCUUCGGGUCCUUCUGCCGAGCCUUCCCUACUAGUGCAGCCGUCACUAGGUCUGCGAUUAUCACCUGCUGGCGCUGAUCGACCGCUUCCCUUCUCGUCGCAGAACGAUAUUCACCCUCCCCGUCUUCCUCCCCUCACGCGCUCGCUGUCCGACUCUGCCCUGCCUGGGGGGGCGAUGUCCACCAGCGGGAGCAUGGCCGUGCCUUCGCUCCCCCUCUUAACCUCUGGCUCGUCCGCGUCGAGUGUCCUCCCCUUUGGCUUCGGGGCAACUCAUCAAACCAACCCUAGCUCGCGCUUGGUCUUCCCUUCCCCGCACGCGCCCGCACCCAUCACCGACACCUAUCCUUCCGCAUCUGACUUUUCUCGUCCCCAAGGCGCCCUUCCCCCGCAACAGCGUUUCAGCUCUGGUCCAGGGGCAGGGUACCAGGCGUCUAUUUCCCAUUCCGGCUACUCACCUUUCUCUCGCUCGCAGUACGACGCGUCGGGCUCGUUCAACCCUCUCCCACCCGUUGGAGCAUCGAGGGACGUAUCUACUACCGGCUGGCAGCCUCCCUCUCUCUCCAACUUCCGCGUUCCUGGCUCCGACCCACUGCAGAUGUCCCAAUCCCAAUCAGGCGCAUACAUCCCCAGUCAGGAACCACUCCACAGCGGGAACUUGGAUAGCUCAGGAUCUUCGGCGUACGGGACAUACAACAACAUUUCUGCUGCUGGGGGCUCGUCUCACUCCGUGUCGAUUGGAGACUUCGACUCGGAUGAAGAAGGUGAGGCGGAUUCAGAGAUGGGCGAGAUGGGGGAGUACCAGUCUGGCCAGCCGGCUGCUGUGACAGGUUCACAGAAUCCCAAAGCGAGGUUCCAGUGCACUGUCUGCGAGAAGGCGUUCCAAAAAGCGAGCACGUUGCAGACGCAUAUGUCUACGCACACUGGCGAGAAACCAUACGAGUGUCCGGUCAAAGGCUGCGGAAAACGCUUCUCGGUACAGAGCAACAUGCGCCGUCAUCAGCGUAUGUGCGUCCUCGGCCUCGAAGGGAGGAAGAGGAUCAAGAAGAGCCUGUUUGCCGACUACAACGCGAUGAACGCCCAGCCGCCAGGUAUGGCGCCUACUCUCGAACCGCUGUAUGCAACCCGCCUGAAGGUUAACCGAGAUGCCUCUGUGCGCAAGACCAAGUCGCGCCCGGUUCAGCGCACGAAGCGCCAGACCCAGACAGCACCGUCCCGCUGGAUCCCCGAGUCGUUGAAGAACUGCGCCAAUGUAGACGCUCUCUGCUCCCGAGGCCCGUUCCAGUACUUCGACUCAGUACCCAUGCCUCUCCCCCCCGUGUUGCCACGUGGCACACCGGGCGACGCCAGCUGGGAAGAACGGAAUUCGUUCGAGCAGUUUCCCGAGGAUCCAUACCUUUCUGAGAACUUUACAAAGCUGCCCGGACCGGGAUUGCUCUCUCCCGAAGAACAGAUGCGCGCUGCCACCAUGUCCCGCCGCUGGCGGUAGAAAUGAUGUUGUACAUGUACUGAUAUUGUACGCCACGGGCUGUGUGACGGGUAUUCCUGAUUAACAUUUCACAUUUCUUGUCUUCUUGGUUUGCAUUUCCUAGAUGUAUCUGAUGUAUCCGCUGACAGUCUAGUUUCUUUUCCUCAACCAAAACCUCUAGUACCCCAGAUUGCAUCAUCAUCAACGUUUCUAAUGUGACGUUCAAUAACCUAAUACAAUG